AUGCCCAGUGCUUCGACAUCCACACACUCCGAAUCAUCACCGGGCCCGCCCACGGACAUUUACAUCUUAUGGGUGCAAAUGAAGAGCGCUUCACCUACCGGUGGUGCCCGCGAAAAGGCCAUACCAAGCGGAAUCGGCAGCAGCAGUUCAAAACCAUUGACAUACAAGCAAAAACUCCUGCUUUCCAGCUUCUGCCUGCAUGACGAGGCCGCACGCUUUGUGAACUACACCAACGUGCAGUUAAACACCGAGCUGGAGCGAGGAAGGCAGCACCACGUGACAUUUGAGGCAACUUAUGGCUCCAAGCCCGCCACCACCGUCCUCUACACCAUCAAGCGCAUCCACGACGGCGAAAUGCCAGAGUUCCACACUGCACUGUACUCUGAUGUUAUAAGGCUGUGGAUCACGUCUGCGGGCUCCCUGCAGGCCGAAACAGGCAUUCAGCUUAUCUACGACUUCAGCAUGCACGCUGCCGAAGUCCUUGACUUGUCCCAGGAAUUCGCCAUGUCAGUCCUGGAAGCGGUGACAAAGACCAAGGCGGAUGGCAAACAGCUGCCUUCCCCACCGCCAAAACGCCCAAGGUCACCAUCUGAUGAGCAGGAGUGUGCCGACAUCAUGGAGGUGUACUACAUUGACAAAUUCCAUGCCAUGGGACCUCACGGCUACAACAUCAUGCGCGCCACGUGCAUGUCCAGCACUGCAUGCACGCCUCACUGA